AUGGCUGAUAUGGCUUCACGAACCGCAUUCGUGAGCGGACUGUUACCUGAGCUGGAGGCGGUACUUCACGCCUUUACACGGUCGUCGUCUGCCAGAUUCCGCGUGGUGCAAACCGUGAAUGCAACAGCGACGCAGCCCAAGACGCUAUACAUUCUCGAUUCAUCGUUCAAUCCGCCUUCAGUCGCCCACUUGGCCCUCGUUACAGGCGCCCUCCGACAGCAUGCACCUUUAGAACCCAGUCCUUGUAGAGUGCUACUCCUCUUCAGUACACACAAUGCAGACAAGGCGCCGAGUCCCGCAAGCUUCGUGCAGCGCAUCGCGCUCAUGACCCUCUUCGCUCAAGACUUGUCACAUAGCUUAAAGAGUACCGGUACCGGUAUAGCUCCGCAGCUGGACACUGACACAGGCAAUGUAUCCAUUGACAUCGGCCUUACCAAAGAGCCAUACUACAGUGAUAAAUCGGCCGCAAUAGCAGAAAGCAAACCGUUGGUUUACACGUCGAACCCCAGUCAUGUCCACCUUGUAGGCUACGAUACGCUUAUCCGCUUCUGCGAUGCCAAAUACUAUCCAAACCACAACCCACCCCUCUCUGCGCUCAAGCCCUUUUUCGCCGCCAACCACAAGCUGCUCGUCACACAGCGGCCGUCAGAUGCGAGGGACGCAUCCUCUUCACGUUUCGGCACAAUCGAAGAGCAGGACCAGUUUCUACGCAAUCUCCGAGAGGGAGGAUUGGAGGAUCAGGGCUUUGAUCCCGCAUGGGCACGCAACAUCAUCAUGACCAAGGCUGUGGGAUCUGUCGGGGUGAGCUCUACCCGCAUACGGAAAGCUGCGAGCGAGGGCAGAUGGCAUGAGGUGGGCGAGCUAUGCACCAAAGGUGUGGCGGAGUGGAUUGAGCAUCAGAAAUUGUAUGCCGAAGCCGCGUCGGGGAAGAAGACACGGGUUGAGAAAUUGCCAGACUCGAGUCUGGGGCUUCCGUACCGAAAACAUAGCCUUGGUAGAAGCAAAGUUGCAGUCGGCCUUUCCCUUUUCUUUGCGAGCGUAUUUGCUUUCCUUUGGAGAGCCAUUCUUCUCUUUCUUUGGAGAGCCAUUCUCCUCUUUGUUUGGAGAGCGUGCAGACUUUUUCAUGUUUCCUACCUGGCCAUUGGUGCUCUUGUUUCUCGGCCUGUAACGACUCUCCCAUUUCUCUCUCACCGUCUCCGUUCGCCUUUACAAUCGAAUCUCCUCGCAGCAAUGGCCUCGAAGUUAUGCUGCAUAGCAGAGGAGGAUGAGGCUCGAGCCGACUCCCCUGAGUUACCAAACGCACGUGUCCCCCAGCCUACGCCUGCAAACCGUCCUCUUCUCCUACAAGCAGAAGGCUCCCCUACGUCCCACUUUACGAGUGCGCGCUCUGAGGAUCUGCAUGUGCUUCGCGAGUUAUUCGACAGUGCUGAGGCCGGCUCUGACAAACGGGCCCUGCCCGCUCCCAUACCUCGCCCACGUUUUGGCCGGCCGUCAAUGCAGAGUCUUCGCAGUUUGCACAAGAUGUCAAGUAUGCGAUCUAUUAUCAGGCGCAAAUUCUCCAAAGAAGCGUCAGCCCAUGACCUCACAGUUCCGGGUGCAGUGUCUCACAAGGCCGACGAGACCAUCACCGAGGAGUCCAGCACGAUGAUUGUACAACCGAGAGAGGCCCCCAAUGAACAGUUCAGAGUUGCAAAGAAGGAGCUCCGCAAACAUCUUCUCAGUGACAAGAAGUCCGAACAGGGCGGAUAUGACUCGGACGCCGAGAUGCUGGACGACAUUGCCAACAGAAUUGGCAAGAAGACAACAAGCAAACGAUUGAGCGUACAUAGCAUCGAGUGGACACCGUCUAUUGGAAGCAAGCCUACACCAUCUUCGUCUACCAAGGGUCGCAUCAGCGCAGAGUCCAAUUGUAUCCUACCACCCUAUGUGCAAAAGCCAAUACCAAUGUCUUUCUCAAAUCGGGUUAGUCAAGUUCUAAGCACUCCCAAUUUUCGAUCAGAUGCUCCCAGAGAAAAAGACCACAGGCUAAGACGCUCGCACUCGGCGACCUCCAUGGGCCUGCCAAAGCCGUCACCAAUUUCGCCAUUGAGGCUGCCUAGUCUAUCUACCUAUGACGCUGACGGUGUGCCAUGGUCCGAGGCUAUGCACAAAAGUCUACGUCUCUCGCAAUUUCCGGCUCCGCCACAUCUUGCACAUUCGAGACCAGGUGAGACAAAGCCAGACACUACCCAUGGGUGGGACGAAAGCGGAAAUUUCUUGGUCGUUGAAAAAGGUUCCGCUACAAUUGUGAAUUGUACAGAUCUGAAACCAUCCGCUGACAGCUCAGCCCACGCGGUAGAAAUUCGUGUGCAACAGCCAACACUGACCGAAAGCCCUCGGCCAUCAAGAUCAGUUUGUGCUUCCGUGCGAGAUAAUAUCAUGUCCGGAGGAGUCACAGAGUAUGGUCAAGGAUCAAAAGAUGGGGAGGAGGUGGAGAGUGAGGAGAAUCCUCGCCGUUCUGUACACCUCUACAGCAUGCGUAUCUCGCAUCAUCUACGAUCUGGUUCACUUCUGUCGUGGGAUCAGCUUGUUGACGCCCCAGAGCUCCCUACUACGCAUUCCCCGCUUCAGCAACGCACUGUUCCAGUCCAGAGUCGCCAUACACUCAGCCAUAGGCAAAUCCCUCGGCACGACCGUCAAACUUCUAGCUCCGGCUUUGCAAGUAACAAAGUACCCAGUAAGUGGGGAAAAGUCAUUCCUAUCAAUCGAGACGACCGGCCGGACGCAGCGUCCUCGCUAUACUUAAGUAGACCGCAGAGUCCGCCAGGAAGUCUUGGUGGAUCCUUAAUCAACCUUCCGCAAAGUGCAUGCCACCACCGUACCUUCAGUGCCUCGGCAUUCGAUAACAAAACUUGUCGACGUUCACAAUCUUGCCCAUCUACUGACGAGGCAAUGCAUACCGACAGGGCAAGCCGGCGACCUGUUCUACAACAUUCCGUGGAUGACACUACAUGCGCUCGCGCACCAAGUGCUGAGAAUUCCAAGUUUGCAACAAUUAUGCCGUUGGCGCGCAAAAACAGCGUUGCAGAUACGAAGACGUCUAAAUUUCGAGAAGACUUCAACCCGUCCCCGCCAAAGAAGCGGCUGACACCUUCAUCAUCGAUCGCCAAGUUUCUGAACCCAAAGCGGCUCAGUUUGCGUAGUCAGAGCGAGGCGAACCUGCAGCCAAAUUGUACUAUCAUGUCCACGGACGGUCCUAUCGACACAUUGCUUGUUCCUCUCGAUAGAGAACACCGGCAAUCACAUCCGUUGAUUAGCUUACAGGCUAAACAUGAGGUUCUGGGAAGGAGCAAAGGUGCAAAUCAAGUAUGGGAUCGUGCUAUGCAAGCGCAUCAAGAGGAGAAAGCCUCCAUGUUCCUUCAAAGAGAUAGGGAUCUUACACUGCCUCACAGCCUCUUUCGCGAGCGUAGUGGAAGCGUCAACGCCCGGCAUAAUAGCGUCAUGGAGGACUUGGACCCUUCUUUCUCAGUCCCUGGUGGGACUGAACAAUCUUGCAGACCUUUGUUUCCACCAGGUCCGGGAUGUGGCCAGAAUCCCGGAUUACCUCCCGUUUCCAUGCUUCGCCGCCGCGCCAUAGAGGGGAGAGAAGACGUGGAAUCAGAGCACAUUGUGUCGGCCGCAUUCGAAGGGCAGGGUGAUGCCACUGAGGUGGUAGGUGCAUGGGGGCGUUAUCCAUCGCAUACACGCCAUGACCGUACCUUCUCUGCAGGUAGAAUGGAUCGUGUCGAGACUCGUGAUUUUGCGUUGGAGGCUGCCAUCAGAUUUGCAUCAGCGAGGAAUGAGACCCACGACGACGAUCUCAUCGAUCCUACUGAAUGCUUGCCUUCGCCCGUGUUACUCCCCGGCGAAAAGAGGAAGAAGACGAAGAAGAAGGUCGGUAGCGGCCGAAUGGCAAAAAGUAACUCCAUGACCUUCGGUAAAGCGUUGAUGAAGAAUUACACAAAGAUGUUUCGAAGUCAAAGUACAGAGUUCCGCCGGCAUGGCAGGGGCCAUCGCAGCUCCGUUGCAUCGGGUGGCAUCCUGGAAUUUCCCGAAUUGGAGCUUGUCCCCGACGUAUGGACCGGCACGGAGAAUCCGGGUGAGGUUAGCAAUCAUGUCAGAUGCGGCAAUCUCCUAGCAGGAGACUCCAUGGCGACGCUGCGCCCACGUCGCAAUUCCUCUGCACCGAAUCUCAACGAACUUUCCUUUCGCGACGGGGCUGAUGACUUGGAGCAUGCCCAAGAUCAAGCACGGGUUUGGUCAGUCUACUAUGACGAUUGUAUACCCUCAUUUCCUCGUGCAAGUUUCGAAGCUGACCCUGGUUCCACAAAUCUCGGUCUGGCGAUGCGAAGAAGCAUAGACGACAGACGGGUAACCAGGCAUUCGACCCCUUUCACUUCCCAAGGCCUCGGGCAUUCUCGCCAACCAAGCCAAUGGAGUCAUAGGAGUACUUGCAGCCUUCAAAAUGUACGACCAAGCUUUAGAUCGACUGAUAAUCAUGUUGGAGCGAGAGACGAUAACACGAGUAUGGCUAGUGUGAGAACGAGUACGAUCGACCUUAUCUCCAAGUUCAAGGAGGAAGAGGCCUUAGAGCACGACCGUGUGCUUUCACUUACAAGAUCAGACUCACUUCGGGAAUUCUAUAGCCUUAGCAUGCUAUAA